UCUUCUCAACUUGACACAACGCCACACCACAUCCCUCAUGUAAAAGCCCUUUUCACGAAAGAACGGGGAUCAGAAGACAAAGGUGUAGACAUCGUGGGAUUAAAGGCAGAUACGUCUUUGACAGAGGUACUGAUAGGAAUAUGUCGAGGUGUAAUCUACAACCUGUUCAGUCUUCUCCCUUCAGAACUGUUCGUUUCCCAUGGUGUCAAGAAGCUUUUUCUUGUUGGCAGCGCAAAACAAGAUAGAUUUUUGGCACAUAUCAAGCAAUAUCUAAAAGAGCACAAUGCGGCCGAUAUUGAAUUACAUCUGGCUGAAACUGACACUUCGGCCGCCUAUGGUAUUGCACUGUAA